AUGCUAACGAGUGGAAGUUCCUCACAUAAUAGUCAUUCUAACAUAGACAGGGAGAAGGAUCUCGAUGAAGUCUUACAAAUUCCUCAGGUAUUCGUUCAUGUUUCCAAGGGCCAAGUUGCCAACAACGAAGAUUUGAAAGCUGCGUUUGGUACCACUGAUCAAAAUGUUAUUAUUCAGGAGAUACUUAAGAAGGGAGAACUACAGGUCGGUGGCAAGGAGCGAGAGGCCUUGUCCAACCAGAUGCAUGCUGAAAUUAUUCAACUUAUAGCUGCUAAAUGUGUGAAUCCUGGCACGAAACGUCCAUAUCCUACUUCAAUCAUUGACAAGGCACUAUCUGAGAGUAAUUUUAACAUGGUUCCUAAUAAAUCUGCCAAAAUCCAGGCCCUAGACGCAAUUAAACUCCUGAUGCAAAGUAAUAUUAUCCCUAUUGUACGAGCGAGAAUGAAGGUCCUAAUUCGAGUAGAUUCGUCAAAGGAUGCAAAGAAAUUUUCGGACAAAGUUAAAGCUCUGACAGCGGAAAUAGAUGAUGAGGAUUGGUCUGGUAAGUGGGAACUUACUGCGUUUAUUGAUCCAGGUAAUUUCAGAAUACUUGAUGAACUCAUACAAAAAGAAACAAAAGGCAGAGGCUCUGUCGAAGUACUUGACACUGCCGUUGUCAAAGAGGGUGAUCAGGAUCUAUAA